UGUGCAUCUAACUCAGCCAAUCGCCGUGCGUCGCCUUCUGGGCACGCUUUUUCAAACUCUCUCGGUGGACGGUUGAGCGGAGAACUCGGGAGGGUCACGUGUUUCGGGCGAGUUAAAGAGCCGCUGGCGGCCCGCGGGCCACCGAGACCGGGAGAAUGGAGAGCCGGAUCAUCACACCGGGGCCGUACCGGGCCACCAAGCUGUGGAAUGAAGUAACCAAAUACUUUCGGGCUGGAAUGCCCUUGAAGAGGCACAGAAUCCACUUUAAGACUUACGGGAACUGCUUCACGUCCUCGGAGGCCAUAGACUGGCUCCAUCAGCUGCUCAGGAACAACAGCAACUUCGGAACGGAAGUGACCAGGCAACAGACAAUCCAGCUUCUAAGGAAGUUCUUGAAGAACCACGUUAUUGAGGACCUGAAGGGGAGAUGGGGCACUGAGGACUUGGAGGAUAACCACAACCUGUACAGGUUCCCUUCCACUUCUCCUGUGAAGACCAUUCCGAAUCGGCAGCCUCUUUGGAAGAGAAGCAGUUUAGAAAAUGUCUUCAAAGAAAAGGACAAUAUGUUUAAAAUGCCACAUUUCUCCAAGAAGACACCGAAACGGCACAACUCUCUAGAUAGCCAGGGUCAACAAGAGAACGAGGAGAUGGAAAUCAUGGAAGAAGAUCAGGGUUGUGAUGAAAGUGGUCCACAGGAACUGACCCAGAAAGACGUUGAGGAUAUCUGGGGGAACAUCACCCUAAACCAUCUGCAGAAAAUCCUGGCUCUUCCAUCACUGGAAGAAGUGUUGAAUCCGGCCCAGAUAAAUCCGGCUCACAUCAUGUACAAUAUGACGCACACCAGCAAACACGGAGUGGUCUUUCUACAAGAUAAGACAGAUGAUCUUCCUCACUGGGUCUUGUCUGCUAUGAAAUGUCUGGCAAAUUGGCCAAGGAACAAUGAUCUGAGUCAGCCGACCUAUCCCGGGUUUGAAGGCGAUGUUUUUAGGACGGUGGCGGACUAUUUCCUGAAUCUCCCGGGGCCCCUUCUCACCUAUGAGUAUUAUGAGCUCUUUGUGAAUAUUUUGGUCGUUUGUGGCUACAUUACAGUUCCCCGCAGGCGCACCACGAAACGUAAACCAAAGAAGGGAACUUCUAGACAGCAGCCAUCUAAGCCUCUGCAGUCGGGCGACACCAACUUUAAGUCCACGGAAUGCCUCCUCCUUAGCUUGCUGCGCAAAGUUCCCAACGAAGAGGAGCAAGAUGACGUCGACACGUUUGGCGAGAUCGGCCGACAACGGGACUUUGAUCUCAAAAAUUCACAACGGGCCCCACUGCACGGCACCGUAGACGGACAAUCCACGGGUGGCAGCAGGGUCAUCGGUGGCAGCUGCCAGAAUCUCUCGGUUUCUGGAAGGGGUGGCAGCGGGCCCUACAGGGUGCGGGUGCGCAGCUGCUCCUUGGAGGGCAUCGCCGAUGUGUCGGGGUCCAGUAACGACGGCAGUAUUGCAGACUCUUCGAGUUCAAAACCUUGCUCACCAAAUCUGCCAUCAGAGGACCAUUCCGCACUUCUAGGAGGAAAUGCUUUUUCUUUGUCUUCUGGCGGUCAACCACAAACUCUGCAACUGUGGCCUGAUGUGCACCGAUAUGCUCCUUUCCACGAUUCCAGGAGACUGCCCAGAUCGCAGAGUCUAGGUGAUUGCCUCGGCUCUUCCUUUAGUAUAAACGCUCCCGUGGCUGAAAUUACCAUGAAACCCAACCAGUCUGCACAAAAUCGGCUACAGAAGCGGCUGAGUUCUAUUGAAAUGAUGGAAAUGGCUGAUCUGGAUUUCACUGUAACCAAGCGCUUGUGUCAGAGCACUAUGGAGCUCUCCAGUUCCCCUUCCACCUCUCCUGUAAUGCACGCUUCCCAGCCCUGCACUGGCACGCCAAGCUUGCUGCAGCCUCACCUGCAGAGAGUGGCUAUAGACGCCCUUCAGGUGUGCUGCCUGCUGCUCCCACCUCCAAACCGCAGGAAGCUUCAGCUGCUGAUGAGAAUGAUCUCCCGGAUGAGCCAGAACGUGGACAUGCCACGACUGCACGACGCCAUGGGCACCAGAUCUCUGAUGAUCCAGACUUUCUCGCGAUGUGUCCUUUGCUGUGCUGAGGAGGUGGAUCUGGAUGAAUUACUUGCUACCAGACUGGUCUCCUUCCUCAUGGACCAUCACCAAGAGGUCCUGCAAGUACCCUGCUAUCUGCAGACUGCUGUUCAGGAACAUAUUCACUACCUCCAGAGACCUCGAGUGAAGGGCCAACCUCCCGGGUUUUAUUUUUGUAAGCAGAUCAGCGCCCAGGAAUUCGAGGAGCAGAAAGUGGUGAUGUCACAGGUUGCUAUAAUGGAUCUGCUGGAAAGUAUUGUGAAAGACAAAAACAUCUCUGUGAAGGACAAGAAGAAGAAGCUAAAGCAGUUCCAGAAAGAAUAUCCUGAAAUAUACAAGAGCCGAUUUCCAACCACAGAAAGUGAAGCCAAACUGUUUGGAGACAAGCCUACCAUCAAGCAGCCAAUGUUGGUCCUGAAAAGACCAAAAUUCCGCAAUCUAAGGCACUGACUAGAAGAGUCGCACAUGUAGGACGGUCUCCACCUCUUUGUUUGACAAUCUGUCCUUCAGGGAAGACUCUUGUAUGGGAACAUUUCAUACUUUUUUAUUCAGACCAUAAUUUGCCAGUUCGAACGAAGAUCCUCCUCCUAAAAAUGCUAUUUUCCUGGCUGUCAUGCUAUUGCUAUUUCUUUUUUUUUUUAGACUAUAAAAAUCUGUCCAUAUAAGCCAGAGUAUUAUCGGACAUAGGUAUUGGUAGAGGGACACCUACCUAGUCCUCCAUUGCCAAAGCUACUAGAGACAUGAAGGGGGGGGCAAACUUGCGGAGGAAGGGGGGGUGGGGCAUUACUCGCUGGAAGUUGGUCCCAAGUCUAUUGACGCCUUCAGUUGCCGACUUGUACAAUCUCUAUCUCUGGAACCCGGGCACGUUAUUGAGCAUAUAUGAACCACAUCUUUCAUGGUGGACCACCCCCUGCUGCCACUCCACACCUUCCUAUUGGUCCUAUAGACAUGCCAUUGGGUUUGGCCAAUAGGAAAGAGCAAGGGGCUGGAGGAGGUGGGUCAAGUGAAAACCACAGAAGCUGGGGUAGGAACGUGCACAAUGGGGGGUACCCAGGAUUUUGAGGAUAGAUCUAAAGCCAACCACCGCUUUCAUGGUGGGCCAUCUCCUCCUGCCCCUCCAUUCUUUCCUACUGACUAUUUAGACAGGCUAUUAUGUUUAGCGGCCAAUAGGAAGGAGCAGGGGGACCGGCGGCAGUGGGCCAAGUAUAAACCACAGAAGCUGGGUUAGAAACUUGUAGGGGUGCCCGGUAUUUAUAAUCGAUCGAUAUCGGCCCCUUUUCACUCAAGUGACCAUGCAGGUUUAUGUAAUGUUCAGACGCGGUGUUGGCGAGAUUUCACAGCGAUCUCUGCAUCUUGUGUCAAACUUGUCAAAAGCCGUAAACUUUCCAUAUUUGAGAUGUACAAGGUAUCAUAUCGCACAUUGGUUAAAAACCCACAAGAGCCAAUAAUGUCGUAGAAGACAUAAGGAGCUCCAUGUUGCGGGUUUUGUGUGCGGUGUGUUUUUUAUUUAUUUUUUUGCCUCCUAAAAUGAAACCUUGAAUUGAUAUCAUUGCUGUUUACACAUUGUCACUGUAUUGUUUUUAUGUGUUCAUACUUUUAUAUUUUUUUUUCCCCUCAAAUUUCAUUUUACAUGAAAUAUUGAACUGACAUCUUUGCGGUUUACAUAUUUGUCAUUUUAUGUGUUCAUAUAUUUUAAAUUUGAAAUGAAGUAUGCCAAAGAGGUAUUUGCUUGUAACAUUGGCAGUAAUUUCCCUUGUAUAGAUAAUUAAUAAUGCAGGGCCGAUCCUAGGGUCACAGUUUACUAACUCCUCCCCUUUACACAUGUUUCUAUGGCUAGGACUCAA